GGCGGCGGCGGCGGCGGCGGCGGCGGCGGCGAGAAGAUGGCGACUUCGAACAAUCCGCGGAAAUUCAGCGAGAAGAUCGCGCUGCACAACCAGAAGCAGGCCGAGGAGACGGCGGCCUUCGAGGAGGUCAUGAAAGACCUGAGCCUGACGCGGGCCGCGCGGCUCCAGCUCCAGAAGUCACAGUAUCUGCAGCUGGGCCCGAGCCGCGGCCAGUACUACGGCGGCUCCCUACCCAAUGUGAACCAGAUCGGGAGCGGCACCAUGGACCUGCCCUUCCAGCCCGGCGGAUUUCUGGGGGAGGCCCUGGCAGCGGCUCCUGUCUCUCUGACACCCUUCCAGUCAUCGGGCCUGGACACCAGCCGGACCACCCGGCACCACGGGCUGGUGGACAGAGUGUACCGGGAGCGCGGCCGGCUCGGCUCCCCGCACCGCCGGCCGCUGUCGGUGGACAAACACGGACGCCAGGCCGACAGCUGCCCCUACGGCACCGUGUACCUGUCGCCACCCUCGGACACCAGCUGGAGGAGGACCAACUCCGACUCCGCCCUGCACCAGAGCACAAUGACGCCUGCCCAGCCCGAGCCCUUCACGGGGGCGGCCCAGGACGCGCACCACAAAAGAGUCCUACUAUUGACAGUCCCAGGAAUGGAGGAGACGCCGGCGGAAUCGGACAAGAACCUUCCCAAGCAAGCGUGGGACGCCAAGAAGACGGGAUCCAGGCCCAAGUCCUGUGAUGUCCCUGGAAUCAACAUCUUCCCGUCUGCCGACCAGGAGAGCACCACCACUCUGAUCCCCGCCACACACAACACGGGGGGCUCCCUGCCCGACCUCACCAACAUCCACUUCCCCUCCCCCCUGCCGACCCCGCUGGACCCCGAGGAGCCCACCUUCCCUGCGCUCAGCAGCUCCGGCAGCACCGGCAACCUCACGGCCAACCUGACGCACCUGGGCAUCGGCGGCGCGGGCCAGGGGAUGAACACCCCGGGUUCCUCUCCGCAGCACCGCCCAGCCGGCGUCAGCUCCCUGUCCCUGAGCACAGAGGCCAGGCGGCAGCAGACCCCGCAGGUGUCACCCACCCUGUCGCCGCUGUCUCCCAUCACUCAGGCCGUGGCCAUGGACGCCCUGGCCCUGGAGCAGCAGCUGCCCUACGCCUUCUUCACCCAGGCGGGCUCCCAGCCGCCGCCGCCGCAGCCCCAGCCCCCGCCGCCGCCGCCGCCGCCCGCCUCCCAGAAGCAGCCGCCCCCGCCGCCCCCGCAGGUGCCCGUCGGCCUGCCCCCCGGUGGCCCCCUGAUGCCCAGCGCCAGCCUGACGCGGGGGCCGCCGCUCCCCCCGCUCGCGGUCACGGUCCCGUCCUCUCUCCCCCAGUCCCCCCCAGAGAACCCGGGCCAGCCGUCCAUGGGGACUGACAUCAGCUCGGCGCCGGCUCUGCAGCAGUACCGCACUACCGCCGGCUCCCCGGCCAACCAGUCUCCUACCUCGCCCGUCUCCAAUCAAGGCUUCUCCCCCGGGAGCUCCCCGCAACACUCCUCCGCCCUGGGCAGCGUGUUUGGGGACACGUUCUAUGAGCAGCAGAUGGCCGCCAGGCAGGCCAAUGCUCUGUCCCACCAGCUGGAGCAGUUCAACAUGAUGGAGAACGCCAUCAGCUCCAGCAGCCUCUACAGCCCCGGGUCCACUCUCAACUACUCGCAGGCCGCCAUGAUGGGCCUGGCGGGCAGCCCUGGGAGCCUGCCGGACCCCCCGCAGCUGGCCUACUCCAGCCACAGCGGCAUCCCGAACAUCAUCCUCACAGUGACGGGAGAGUCCCCCCCCAGCCUCUCUAAAGAACUGACCAGCACGCUGGCCGGCGUGGGCGACGUCAGCUUCGACUCGGACAACCAGUUCCCCCUGGAGGAGCUCAGGAUCGACCCCCUGACCCUAGACGGACUCCACAUGCUCAACGACCCCGACAUGGUCCUGGCCGACCCGGCCACGGAGGACACCUUCCGAAUGGACCGCCUGUGACCCCCGCCGGUCAGUGACCCCGCCGGCGCCGCCCCAGCCUGGGGGCGGCCGCGCUCCGCGCCCCCGCCAACGGCCGAGCUUGUGAUCCAGAGCUUGCAAUGCCGCCCAGCGCCCCCCGCCCGCCCCCCCAUCCCCCCGGCUGUCCACUUCCGCCGCAGCCCGGUCCGUGCGUCCGUCCGUCCGCUCGGGGCCAGGCUGGGCUUGGAGGCCGUGAGGCCCCUGCCCCUGCGCUCGUGCCCUGGCGCCCCGCCUCGGGGUGUGCCCGGUGCAACGCGCGGUGCGGAGAGCGGGGGCUCCCGGCGGCGGCGGGCCGGGUUUUGGGGAGGGGGCGUCCGCGGGCCGCGGGGCAUCUCCGACUGUUGCUCAGCUCUCACUGCCUUCCUCCGUCCCCGGCCCGGCCGCCUGCCGCCCCCCGCGCGCGGUUAGCCAGAGCGCCGGAGAGCGGGGCGGGCGCAACGCGAAAUAAACACUAUUUUGA